UUUUUUUUUGUUUUAAUACAACAAUAUGAAGAAAGAUGACAUGAACAGUGGCAACCAUUAUACACAACUUUUGAACAGAGCUUGUAAAAAUGUUAUUCUUUUAUCUAAAAUUGAGCAACAACUUGUUGAACACGAGAAAAUAAAAACGAAUUUACAAAGAAAAGUAUAUCGAUUUGAUACUUGUCCUAACGCAGCAGAGAAGACAGAAACCCAUAUUAUUGAAUUACAGGCAAGAAGAGAUAGCCUAAAAGAAUUCAUAGAGGAUUUGGAGUCAGUGUUUAAGGAUCAAUUCAUACAGGCACUUUGGUCAGCAGCUGAUGUGCACACUCGAUUAGAAAAAGAAAAUAUUCCAACAACUGACGAAGCAGUGGAAAAACAGGCUUAUCCUGGCAAUUAUGAUCCGCAAAUUGAACUAUUAGAACAAGAGACAAAGACAUUAUUUGAAAAGAUACUAGAUAGAACUGAAUUCAGCAAAAUUCAACAAAAGAUCAAUGCAACAGAACAAUUUUUACGGCCUGUCUUUAAGGGAUCAGAAUCACACAUUAAUGUACAACUCUCAGCUCAAGAAAAGAAAUUAGCAUUUUGGGAAAAACAACACAAGAAACAGUUGGAUCUAUUGAGUGAAGAUCAACUCACACAAAGGAUCACACUUCAAUUAUUAGGUCUUCCUGAUCAAGAAGUAACAGUAGACUACAGUGAUUCAUAUGUGAAAGAAAUGGCUCACCAAUCAUUGAGUGAUCAUUUGGGUAAAGAACUUGUCCGUCAAUUCAUUGCUGCAAAGAAGAAAACAUACCUAGAGAAAGAUGCAUUAGCCAUGCGUGCUCAUCAAGCAAAGAUCAAGAAACGAAAAGAACAUAGAAAGAACUUGAAAACUGCUUUAAGAAAGCUAACAAAAAUAGAAAAAGAGUCAAAUGAAGCGUUAGAAUUACUAGAGCGAGGAUUAAAUGCAGAACCUGUAAAGCAUGUCUAUGAUCAUUUAGAGCAUAUUGAUCAGGUGACAAAGUAAACAGUGCUUUUUCUUUGACUUCGACUCAUCUUCUUCUGUAUAGAAAUCAUUCGGAAAUACUUGAAUUCCUCAACAAACCAGGUGAUUUAUUACCAGAACGUUUUCAUUCUUCUUUGGUACCUCCCGGCAUUCCGAAAUGCAUCAAUUUAUAUGAGGAAAAUAGCAGCCUAAGUAGUGUGCUUGCUACUACCAUAACUCAAUAUACAGAAGAUAGCUUGUUCUCAGAUAUUAAAAACAGUAUAGAUGAACUAGAACAACGUAUCUUACAAUAAAUGUUGCAUGAAAGAGUAGAUGAG